GAUCCAAGGGCAUCAGUUCGCGCUUUGACGAUCAGCGCCUAACGUUGCGAAUUCACCGAGGCCGUAGUGCGAACCAGCACGAUUCCACACAUAGUAAUGGCAGUUCUCAGAGUACUACUACCACACUGGGGACACCAUCUCCUGAACGUCUUUCAAAGUACACUACACGACGUCCACUCCAACAUGAUAAAAUUAAGAUAUCUAUUUCCUAUGCAUCCAGUGAAACUAUCAACGACCUAAGUAAUAGCGAACCAACUGGUAUACGUGAACAUCAAUCAUCCGGUAGUGGGAGCAUGCUUUGCGCAGUGCACUACAGCUCAGCCAAAGGCACUGAAACCACCGAAUCAAAACUCUUAGCCCAACAGAAAGGCAAUAACUCAUAUUUGCAAGUUCGUAAGAUUAUUGAAGAAACUGAUAUAAGCCAACACCAUAUGCAACAGCAAUUGCAAUAUCAGAAUAAGAAAAUCGGUCGCCGAAGUAUCAAAACGCAAGUUAAACGUUUUCGAAUGGAAACGAAGGCUGCAAAAACACUUGCCAUAAUUGUAGGACUCUUCAUUUUAUGCUGGCUGCCAUUUUUCACCAUCUAUGUUAUUCGGGGGUUUUGCCAAGACUGCAUUGAUCCUCUUCUUUUUUCCAUUCUUUUUUGGCUAGGUUACUGUAAUUCCGCCGUAAAUCCAAUGAUUUAUGCACUUUUUUCAAAAGACUUUCGCUACGCUUUUAAGCUCAUUAUUUGUCAUUGCUCCUGCUCACAAGAAAGCAUUUCUUUGAAGAGUAUUCGACGAGGUAGCGACAUGUCGGCAGGGCGUAUUCGAGAACGUACUCCCAGCAUCACACCCAGCGCAGCUGCGCAUUCAUUAGCCGACGAAAGUGAAUUACAUUAUUCAUUAAGUAGUGAUCACAGAUGACGAUCGUUGGGAACUAGUUUAAGCUCUCAGAGUAGUUUGGGAUUCCGAAAGACCAGUUUGAAUGACCCACUGUACGAAGGUUGUUAUCCGCUGGUGAUGAAGUCCUCGCCGAGUUCUUAUAUGAGCCCAUAAUCGUAAUACCUGUUCCAGUGCUGGAUCUGAUGAAAAUGGCAGAGUCAUUCGCAGGCUUUUAUAGACAGCGCUAAAAGCGACUGUCAAUAUUUUGAUUUGGCACAAAAAAUAAAGAAAGCAUUUAACUAUUUUGAUACUUUGGAUGAUUGUUUUUAAGAAACAAGGAAUUAUAAAUAAUAACAAAUUUGUUUAGGAAUAAAAAUACAAAUGUAUGUACAUAUGUAUUUAUGUAUGUAAUGGCCCAGUGGGAAAAAGUAAUGCACGCCCCGCGACAAACCAUAGCACAUCAACAUUUUUACCAGUUUUGACUACGUUUCUUUUAAUUGUUUGAAUGUUCAUUAUUUUUUAUAUAAAAGUAUAGCUCUUUACCUAACAAAUACCAUAUAAAUCUAAAUUUCAGACUUUGUACAUACAUUAUAAACAUUCCACAAACUUUUCAUUCCUAUUCCAUACAUUUUAAUUUUAAUUUCUAGAAUAAUUUUUGGUAUGCAAUUUUAUAGAUCAUUAAGUUCUAGUAUAAAGUGCACGUUUUAAGUUGCUAAAAAAUCGCGUUGAUUUUUGAAAUUUUUUUUUUGUAGACGGUAUCACGCAUUUUUCUGCCAUACUAAGUAAUUUUUUAUUUGAAAAGAGUGCAUAACA